AUGGAAUUUGUGACAUCGGCAUUAGGUGUUUAUAAGUGGUCGUGCGGGUGUAGGACCAGCAUACGGUGGGCAGGACUAAGUGGAGCGGAGUGGAGAAAGUGUUGGUGGCCUGGCCUGUCUGCGGUCUGUAGUGUGUGCGGUGCAGGCGCGUCGUCACCGCCAUUCGUCCUCCUCCUUACACACUGUGACCGUCUCCUCAUAUUAAUCACGAUGAACUGGGCAGUCCUGUUGGUGUGCCUGGUCGGCUGGACGAGCUGUCAGGCUGCGACUAUGGUUGAACCUCAAGAGAAAGAGAAAGGACUUAUCGAAUGGAUCAGUAAUUUACUUGGAAAUAACCCAACUCCCACUACUGUCAAGCCCGUUUAUCAGGACCCUCCAACCAGUUGUCCUGCUUGUCAAUGUGGUGUAGCGCGGACUAAGCGUCGUAUAGUUGGUGGGUACGAGACAAAAGAGCGUGAAUAUCCCUGGAUGGCCAUGUUAAUGUACAACGGAAGGUUUUUCUGUGGUGGAUCCCUUAUCAACGACCUUUAUGUCCUCACAGCAGCGCAUUGCACGGGGUACCGCAAGGAACGUAUUACUAUUCGGUUGUUGGAACACGACACGUCCAACCCUAACGAGACGAAGACUAUCGACCGGAAGGUAGCGGCCGUCAUCAGACAUCAGCGGUACAACCCUGGCACGUACGACAACGACAUCGCACUUAUGAGGCUUGAUGAAAGGUUGGACUUGAGCACUGCGGUAAAGCGAAUUCGUAGAGAUGAAGACGGAACUACACCGGCCACUGAAGAAACAACAGCAACGCCAGACCCGGCUGAUGACGUCAGAGUGCGACCUGUCUGCUUGCCCACACCGGGACUGUCAUUCACACGCGAGUGUGCUGUGGUCAUAGGCUGGGGUGUCACGGACGAAGGAGGAUCCGUCUCCAAUACGUUGCAAGAGGUAAAGGUGCCAAUCGUAUCGAAUGCGGAGUGCAAAGACCGAUCAUACGGCAGGCGGAUUACAGACAACAUGAUGUGUGCUGGUGAGCCUGAUGGUGGACGUGACGCCUGUCAGGGUGACUCCGGAGGUCCCCUACAUGUCUUCAACCAGACAACUGAGAAAUACCAGGAAGUCGGUGUGGUGUCUUGGGGAGAGGGUUGCGCAAGGCCCGACAAAUAUGGCGUAUAUUCAAGGGUCAAUCGAUAUCUGACGUGGAUUAAGAGCAACACGGUUGAUGCUUGUUACUGCAACUGA